CCUAGGGUUCCCCCAUCCUCUUCCUUCCCUCCUCCGCCGCCGCGAGGAGGUAAGACGCGGCCCACGUGGCUGCUUCCCCGCCAUGGCCGCUGCGGCCACGAGCUCGCUGCCGGCCUAGCCCUCCGCCGUGGCCUCCCCUCCGUCGACCAGUCGCUGGAGAUCGCUGCCCGGGAUCCAUUCUGACGUCGAGCCGCGCCCAAGGAUCGUCAAGUCCGGCUACCUCCCCGUCGUCCUCUUCCUCCCCUGCUUCACGGUCAGAUCAGCGCCGGAGUUCAGCUAGUCGCCGCAGUUACUGCAGCAACUCCCCGUCCGCAUCGUUUUGUCCUAGGUGAGGGAGUAGGCAUGGCUCGGCGACAUCAUCAAACUAGGAAAAAGGCUGAAAGGACUGCUCUACAGUUGGACAAGCGCCGGCGCUUGAAGGAAGUCUUACACAGUUUUAUCUACCAACUCAUACUAUGGGGUGGGUGGCUUUCUUUGUAUCUCAACUGGAUCCCAGAUGACGGGCCAUCUUCCUUGGUUCGUCGAGCUAUCCUCAUUGCACCCUUUGUGCUGUACAUUGCACCGUUGGUUCUGUAUGCGGUGGCAGAUCGGGUCCGUGAUUGGGCCUGGGUAUUGGUAAUAUCGUUAUGGGCUCCAUGCAUACUGAGCUUGCUGCUGGGGGAGAAGUCCAUCUCAAAAUAUGUGGAAAGAUAUCCUGUUAGUGAACUGUAUACAAGGCAUAACGGCGACACAGUUCUUGUCUGCACCAAAGAGGGUUUGCAGUUGCUGGCAGGAUUCAUAGACAUUAUUCUUAAUGCACACAUGAGUGGUAAAAGUUGGGCCGGUACCUUCUCUUCUGAGCAUCUUCGGUUGACUGGAAACCGAUGCAGAAUCAGUUUGGCGCCUACCUUCACUGGAUCUUUUGGGAACCUGCUCCUUGAUCUAUCAACAUUAGGCAGAGUGCUAAUUGAUCAUUACAAGUUUGACAGCCAGAAACCUGAAGCUUCAGUUAAGAAAAAGAAAAAGAGGCCUGAAGCAUAUGUUCACCAACUCCAUGCCACGCUGACAGAUCCUCCUGUCAGUGCAAAUUCAUCUCCCAUUGACAUGAAAAAGUUCAUAAAGUUCUUGGGGAAACAUUUGGCCCGCAAAUCCUCUCGUGAGAAGAAGCUUCUGUUCAGGGAUCUGUUCCAGAUCCUGAAGGCAUUGGGUGCAGUAGAAAAGGCGUCUUUGGAUGCAACGGUGGCCAAGAUAAAUAUAACUUUGAAAGAUUGGCGGACUUUGGCUGACAAGGACCCAUUGUUGAGGGAAACCUUGUACUAUCAUCAAUUCAAACCCAAUAAUACAGUUUGUCGAUAUGGACCUGGGCCAGAUGAAUUGUUCAGAUUUCUGAGGAACUUCUUGGAACAUGGAGGGGAUAGACAUGCUAAUGGUCAGCAGAAGAUUGGGAGCAUGAAAGACAUUGACACUGCAGGCGCUGAGUUGUUCCCGCCCUUUACAGUGAAACUCACUUAUCAUUUAGUGAUGGUGCUGGAGAUGGCCGGCCUGUUGGACUAUGCCUGGGAAAACAACUGAAGCCAAAGCCGAAGCAAAGCAGCCAAAGCUUAUUUGAGAAGCAACAUCUGGAAGCAUUCACAAGUUACUCAAGAAGCUCUGCAGUGACUCUCUAAGGCCCUGUACAACAUUGCGUGGAAAGCUAAAGAACCGGAGCAAUCCUGUCAUGUAGCCCCAUGUGCUCGGAUCCCUUAGUUGUGAGUAGGUUGCUUGAUGUAGUCUGUAGUGACAUGGUUAGAUAAGUGAAGGAUAUCUUUGUCGCUAUCACUCCAAUUUUGAUAUUAUGGUCAACUCUAUGGCAAUACCUGAUGGAGCUGUGUAGGAGUAGUUGGUUAGAUACCAUUUUCAACAGAAGAGUAGCCGUUGAUCAUGUGUUUGUAUUGUGUAGUAUGGGCAUGUGGUAUGUUGUUCUAAUUUCCUGCAAGAUACCGGUUCAAAUGUCAGAAUUUUUAGAGCAACGAUACAUGAAAUUGUCGGGGGCAUAGAAAUUUCUCAGUUGUGAGAUAAUGCAAUCUGAUCCAGAAAA